AUGAAGAGCAAAUGCCAGACUCAAUCGAUCUCGAAUAGGAGUGCGGUUCACGUUGAAGACACCGAGAAGGAGCCUGCAUUAACUCCCACUGCUCCGGGCUCGCACUACUACUGCCCAGAGAAGGAUGGUCCCGAUGAAGACUAUGAAACCGCCUGCGAGCUUCUCUCGGAGCCGCCGGCAGCAGCAGGAAAGAACGUGCAUGGCGCUAUAAUGGAGGCGAACCUGGGGGACACUAUGAACCACGACGACGAAAAUGAUCUGCAGAUCGGGUCUUACACGCAGUGCUGCUACAUCUCGAGUGGCGUCACGGCCGAUGUGUUUCGCAGCGGCACCCGGGCGCUCAAGGUGAUCACCGAGACUAGAGACAUGCAGCCGCACGACCAUGUGCGGGAGGCCAAGAUCCUUGGCCUCGUUUGCCGGCAGUGCAUCCCGCUUCUCGAGACGUUCCACGACCAGGAGCAGCGCUUCGUGCUCGUCUUUCCCUACAUGCCACUGAGCCUCGACGCUGUUCUCGCUCGGACGGACGAGCUGCUGUCUCUGCAACGGCUGUGCAGCUACUUUGUCGACAUCUUCGGCGCCCUGGCCCACAUUCAUGGCCUGGGCAUUAUCCAUCGCGACGUGAAGCCGUCGGCCUUUAUGAUGGCAUCGCCAGACGGGCCCGUCCUGCUGUCAGACUUUGGCACCGCUUGGCAUCCGGCGCUGUCCCAGGCAGUCGAGCCGGCCGAUGGCAAGGUUCUCGACAUUGGCACCGGCCCGUAUCGGGCGCCUGAGGCGCUGUUUGGAAAUCAGGCAUAUGGCCCGUCCGUCGACAUGUGGGCGGCCGGUGCAAUGUUGGCAGAGAGCGCUCGCCGUCCGCCAUCUACCCUCUUCACGUCGCGACCGGCCCAUGAGGACGGCAGCCAGCUGGGCCUCAUUCUCAGCAUCUUCAAGACCAUCGGAACACCCACAGCCGAGACGUGGCCAGAGGCUGCUUCGUUUAAGACACCCCCUUUUGAAAUGUACCGCGUAUUUGAGCCGCCGUCGUGGGAGGACAUUUUGCCCGAGGUGAACCCGCAUAUUCGUGCGCUUGUAGCAAGGCUCAUCAAGUACGACAGCACGAGAGCGACGGCUGAACAGGCCCUCGUUGAUAUUCUAAAACUGGCUACUUGA